CCCUUCAAAGUGUCCCCACCACCGGCAGUGACAUGCAGGCCCGAAGUCUCAACAUCCCGGUAGGAAGCGGCCGCCUGUCCGUUCUUCAGCGGCACCUCACCGCUGUUCCUGUGUCAGGCCAGGUUUCAACUGUCAGUCAUCCAACAAGCUUCCAAUAUACUUUGGAUAAUAAUCUGCUGACCACAGAACAGAGACAAUUCUAUGAGGAGAAUGGCUUUCUUGUUGUGAAAAAUCUAGUGUCACCUAAGGACAUUGAUGAGUUCAGGUUAGUGUUUGAGAAAGUGUGCAAGAAAGAGCUGGGGGCACCUGGAUUGGUUAUCAUGCGAGAUGUGGCCAUUGCCAAAUCCGAAUUUGUUCCAGACCAGAAAGCUAUUACGAAGAUUCAGGAGUUUCAGGAGCUUCCUGAGCUCUUCAGAUACUGCGCUCUGCCACAGAUUCUGAAAUACGUGGAAUGCUUCGUUGGUCCGAACAUUAUGUCCAUGCACACCAUGCUCAUCAAUAAGCCUCCUGAUGCAGGUAAAAAGACCUCUCGUCAUCCAAUGCAUCAAGAUCUGCACUUUUUCCCAUUCAGACCUGCAAACCAUGUUGUUUGUGCCUGGACAGCGAUGGAGCAUAUUGACCGUAGCAAUGGAUGUCUUGUGGUUGUUCCAGGAACACACAAAGAUGAACUAAAGCAGCAUGACUAUCCAGAAUGGGAGGGAGGCGUUAACAAGAUGUACCAUGGCGUACGUGAUUUUGAUCCAAACAGUCCCAGAGUUCAUUUGACCAUGGAAAAGGGGGACACUGUGUUUUUCCAUCCAGUCCUUGUCCACGGAUCUGGAAUGAACAAAACUGCAGGCUUCAGAAAGGCAAUUUCCUGCCAUUAUGCAAGCUCUGAUUGCCACUAUAUAGAUGUAAAGGGGACAUCGCAGGAAAACAUUGAGAAUGAGGUUUCUGAAGUGGCAAAGAAGAUGUAUGGACUGGGAGAUGGUAUCACUCUAAAGGAUGCAUGGAUGGCAAAAGCACGUUGUGUGCAAGGAGAAAGAACCAAUCUGUAAUGUCCCUUAAUGAGAAGUGGAGAACCCUCAUUAUUAAAAAUCUCUGU